GGCAGAAGCGGGGUGGGAUUUUGUGUUGUGCAUUUGACUUGUCUCCUUAACAACCGAUGUUAGAGUGAAUCAGAAGAAGUUUUAGCCGGACAAACGCCWCGGAUCGGAAUGGCUGGAACUGUCGAGGGAAAGAAAGAAGAGGCGGACUAUAAGAGACUGCACAGCUUUCCUCUCAUCAGACACACAGACAUGCCAGACGAAAUGAAGGUUGAGACCAUGGAUCUUUGUGUAACAGCCUGUGAAAAGUUUGCCACCAACAAUGAGAGUGCUGCAAAGAUGAUCAAGGAGACCAUGGACAAGCGGUUUGGCAGCUCGUGGCACGUGGUGAUAGGUGAAGGCUUCGGCUUCGAGGUCACGCAUGAAGUGAAAAACCUGCUCUACAUGUUCUUUGGAGGAAGCCUGGCAGUCUGUGUGUGGAAGUGCUCGUAGCACCUCCUCUGCACGCCUCCUCCUCCCUGCUGACACAGUCACCAGGCUGGGAACUAAACACCAGCUACCAGCCAGACACUGGUUACGUUUUUUUUUUUAGCGCGGUUUUGAUUUGUUCAUGCUACCAGCCACAGUGGCGCCGAAAGAGCUUCCAGUUCAGCUUAAAGCACGGCUGCUCAGGAACUUUGAAGUGGUUUUGUCCCUUUGACUGGUGGCAUAAAAAAAGUUACUUGUCUUUAAUUGUUUUUCAUCUCUUUGGGUUUUAUCUCUUCAUCUAAAUCACAUCUUAAACUUGAACGUCAACCUGAAUGUUUGUGUGCGUGUAGGUGCAAGUAAAUUUAACUUUUACAAAAACAAAACAAAAAAACUACAGCCAGCCAGGGUCUCCAAAAUCCUUUAUCCUCAUUCCUCUUCAGGGAGUGUGUGUGUGUGUGAGGGAGUUUACGUGUUUGUGUGUGCUGGACACACACUGUUUUUUGAAAUGCCUUUACAUCGUCACCUUUUCGCAACAUGAUUUGUUCCACCGUUUUUUUUGUUUGUUUUUCCUGUCGUCUGAAAUUUUCCUCACACGUGACCUUCACUCUCCAACAAACAGCACUAUUUCAAUAAAUUUUGUAAUACUUUUUAUGUGUACAUAGUUUGAUGCUGUUAAGAAAAAAAAGCAUGUUUUUGAAGACCAGUGUCAUCUUCUUACAAGAGACUCAGAGCCAAACACUAAACCUGUUCCAACUUUUGUCCUUCUAAAGGAAUUUGUAUAAAGUCUAAAUAAUAUCACCUUAAUGGGUGACAAUACCAAUGUGAUUGUUUCAUGCUGGUGCCAGUUUGAUUUACCUGGUGCAGUGGACCAUUACAUGUGAACUUACCUGAUUGUACAAUAAACUGAACUGUGGUGAAAUUUA